GCCUUGUACACUUACCCAGACAACUUUCGGGCCUACAAAAUCCUCAUCGCUGCUGAGUACAGCGGUGCGAAGGUUACUCUUCCAUCCUUCAAGUUUGGCGAGACGAACCAAUCGGCGGAAUUUCUGAAAAAAUUCCCCCUUGGCAAGGUACCUUAGACCUUGGUUAAAAAUAAUCCAAAGUUAAUUGACAAAAUAUUUAAGGUAUAAUCUUGACUGAUAUUUCCAAUUUGAACAGAAUUUUGUACAUUAGGUAGUGUAACAAUAAAUGCCCUUACCUAAGCUCCGUUCAAACGGUCAGGAUAGCUGAUGAUAGUUUAAACUAUGACGCGCAUUUGAACAUGAACUAUCAUUGACUAACAUCGACUAUCAUCAACUAUCAUGUAGUUUGGACAUGUUAAAAUUCGACAUGAUAGUCGCUGAUAGUUUCUGCUAUUCAAACGAGUGGAUGAUAGUGAGUGAUAGUUAUUGGGUCAGCAGUUUAGCCAAAAGCAAGCUCAAACCGAAAUGGCAAAUAGUAAAAUGACUAAAGUAGCUGCCAAAAUUCUGCAGAAUGUCACGGAAUUUAUUUUUAUCAUAUCCUGGUAGACUUCAGUGUCUUCAACUUGCAACUCCUUGACUAAAAUCUCAAGAUGCCAACAAAAUUACAGACCUCAGCAUGCACAAUAUUUGUUUAGAAGUAUGCCAUCUUGUUGCAUGAUUUUGUCAACUAUCAUCAACUUCUUGAACCAUUUUAAUACGAAUAUGGUAUUCAAUGAUAGCAAAUGAAUGUUGAAACUAUCAUCAUCUAUCAUGACUGUUUGAACUGGGUUUUAUUACUUAAUUGUUAGAGAAAUCUAAGCAAUGUAUGUCCUUUGAGUGAGACUGACUUUAAAAUUUUUAGUAAAUUAACUAAUUUAUCUUCAUCUAUUCCAAUCUAUUGCCAGUUUUUUUUCUUUAAUCACAAGUGUGUGGUCAAGGAAAGACCCACUUCAAUUAACCCUUUAACUCCUAGAAGUGAUUAACAUGCAAUUUCUUCCUAAUAUUGUUGUUAUAAACAUAACUAAUUUAUAUGGAAAUGUGUUACAGUUAAAGGAAAGAAUUGACCAUCAGAUCUUGAAAGUUAAAGGUGUAACAUCUACCAGCUGCAAUAAAGAUUGAUCAGUCAAUGGUUCAAUCAAUCAUCAAUCAAACAAUCUAUUCAUCAACAAUCAAUAGUAUUUACAAUAACGUUACAAACAGUUAUUUCAUUAAUAGCAGCUAGUAAUUUGAUGUGGCUAUGUAAUUUGAAAAUAAAAGCAAUUUAUUUGUAAUAGUGUAACAAAACUGGCCUUAAGUAAGAGUGGUCUGAAUUUUGCCCUAAUGUUUUCUUUGUCUCAUGUUUUUUCAUAGGUUCCUGCAUUUGAGACUCAGGAUGGAAAGUGCAUUUAUGAGAGCAAUGCUAUCGCUUACUAUGGUAAUUUUUCUUUAAUGUUUGUGUUUAUUUUGAAUUAAAAUUUUUUGUGUUUAAAGAAAUUAACAAUCUCUUUUGGCUGAAUUAAAUUUUUUUUGUGGGUGCAUACAACGCCUUGCCCUGGCCAGGACUAGAACCCGGUCGUGUUGACCACUGGACUACUGGACAAAGCCGUGGCAUUGGUGUGCCCGCAGUACAGUUGACCAUCUAUUAAAAGCUGACAUAUGAUAAAACCAAAAUUUUUUUUUUGGGUUACUACUAUUUUGUAUAAUUAUGGGGUAGAUGGGAGCCCAAACUGAUAAAGCAUUUUCCUUGGUAUAUUUAUUAACCCAAACAAUAUCCUCAUUUUCAUUCAGUGUCCAGUGAUCAACUGCGUGGUAAUUUUUCUUUGAUGUUUGUGUUUUGUUGGCAUGGCUGAAUAAAAAUUUUGGGUGGGUGGAUAAUGCAAGUGUUGGAAGCAAUCUCUUGUCAGCUGGCAUAUUAUCAAAUCUCUCUUUUUCUCGGUAAUUAAAGGGUUAGAUACCUUAACUGAGCAUUAUAUAGUAUUUUUAUUAACAUCACAAUAUCCUCAAUUUCAUUUAGUGUCCAAUGAUCAACUGCGAGGGAAGACACCUCUGGAAGGAGCAUUAAUCCAACAGUAUGUGAACUUUGCUGACCAAGAAAUCUUGCCUGCUGUAGUCACUUGGGUCUUUCCAACCCUUGGUUUGAUGCAGUUUAACAAACAGGUGUGUAAGUUUUUCUUUUCAGGUUAGCCUUAGAUCUUGAAGUGUUUUCAUCCAAGUCCUGAAAUAUAUAAUGAAUUCUUUUCAUUGACAGUGACUUGCCUGAAGUUAGUUUUGAACCUCUUUUACAGGCCACUGAUAAAGCCAUGGAAGAUGUGAAGAAGGCUUUGACAGUACUCAACACUGCUCUCUUAACAAGGACAUUCCUUGUGGGUGAGCGUGUGACACUUGCUGACAUUGCAGUUGGUUGCAACCUUCUUAUGCUGUACAAACAGGUUAGUCCCAACAAGAAUAAAGGGGGUAUGUUUCAAAGGAAACUGUGGUGGGUGGCAUUAAUUUGGUUGGGGGGGGAGGGGGGGGUGGGGGGGGGUGUGGGGUAUUAUAAGAUACAAUUAAAUUUGGUUUUAUCAAACUAAGUGGAUAAUGUAAAUGGGCUACUUAGAAGAGUUUCUAAAGCUGAUGUUUCUAGUGUGAGCCCUUUCUUUUGAUGAGUGUUGCUUUAUCGACGGGCCAAUGCUUGGAAUUUGAGUUUUAGAAACUCUCUACCAUGGCCAAUGGUUGAUUAAGCCAAAUUGUCUAGUUACAGAAAAUUUUCUUGUACUGUGGAUUGUGUGGUCUGCAUAUAAGCCUUUCAGGGUGGCUCUACGAGGCUUUCAAAACCUCAGAUAAACAGCUUAAAGGUGUUUUGGCCCUUUAUCAGAGCAUUGAACUCUGGAUUAAGAGAUCUAGACUCAAGCCCAUAAUUUGUCAUUUUACUUUGUUCAUGGGCAAAAUACUUUACUAUCAGGAUGUACUUUUUAUAAUUCCUUUUUCUUCUCAGGAGCCUGAAAGAGUAACAGGAAUUGGGGGGAAAUCUCAUGAACUGCUGGGAGUAACCUUGAAAAGACUGGCAUGUAACCUUUUUGUUCACCCAAGAAGGGUCAUGGGAAUAGCACCAAAUGAAAUGAUAUGAAAUAGCAUGAACAAAAAAUGUGAUUCUCAGAGGGAUGGGGUGUUCAAAAAAGAGCACUUUAGUGGGUGGGGUGUAGACAUUUUUUCUGCAAACAACACAUUAAAAUGGUAAAUAUGAUUUGCCUUACAGGUGAUGGAGCCAAGCUUCAGAGCACAAUUUGGUAAUGUGAACCGGUGGUUUCUCACCAUUGUGAAUCAGCCUCAGUUCAAGAAGAUCCUUGGUGAAGUGAAGCUUUGUGAAACCAUGGCUAAAUUUGAUGGUAGGCCCUGGUUUCUCUCUGUGGUGAACUAAAACAGGCCCAAUAGUCCAUUUUACAGUUGUUUGCAUGGUUGUCAAGCCUUUGAACAGGGGUGACCUUGUUGUGAUACAAACUUUGCUGUUUUUCAAAUGCAAACUACAAAAUGCAUGUUAUCAUGCUAACUAAGUAUUGGUCUCUAUCACCACAAGGUCACCUUCAGCCUCACUCCAAAUCAAAAGCUUGGCUACUAAGUACACAACUGUAAAAUUGCCUAUUACAAGAUUUAAUCCGUUUAACCCUAAGAGGGACCAGCAUUUAAUUCCCCUUUACAGUAAUACUGCUGAAUCAUUCAUUAAAACUUUAGAAUGAAGGAAAUGAUCACCAACCAAAGGAGCUCUGAUUGUUAAAAAAUUCUCCUUUUGAGGAACUUAGGAAAUGCAUGGAGAGGAGUAUAGAGGAUAUGGUUACUGAUGUUAGGGUGUAAAGGGUUAACCUUGAACACCUUAAUAUCAGUAUGCACAUUCUCCAUACUGUUCUCUGUACAAUCCUCAAGGUGCUGACUGGAGAAUUAGUUUAAAAAUCGAGAGAAUCUUUAGCUGGUGAUCACUUUCUUUAUUCUCAUGACCUUAAUGUGUGAUUCAGGGAAGGAGUUGUAAGGAGAAAUUAGAUGCUAGUCACUCUUAGGGGUUAAAGGGUUAAUGAAUUUUGAUCAACUCACAGAAGGAAAAUUUACUUCUGGGGCCUGGGUCUGGCCUUAGGAAGCUACCUCAGUGUCUGAAAGAAGGCUGGGAUUAGCACUAGGAAGGAUUAAAGAAAGGAAAGGCUGAUAGAUUUACAUUUUUUUCAAGCCUCAGAGUGUACUCCUUUUUUUGACCCAGCUUUGGGGUAUAGUACAGUUCAGAGGUAGAUGGCCAACACACAUGCACAUCCUCACAAAUUUUGCAUGGUCUGCUUGCAACAAAGUGCACAUCAAAGCGCAUUUCUUGAGCGCAUUUUUGCUUUUGUUAUCCAAUGCCUUUGUCGAAGCAACAAAUUAACAUUUACAUAUCUCAGUACCUAAAGGAUGCAAUGGCUGCUGUUUCAAUGAAACAUUGAAAUGAGUUGUCAUGAUGCCACUAGCAUUUUGUAAAAUAUGUUUGUGUUAAGAUAUGAAUUACAAACUUGAUACACCAUAAGCUCUUUAUUAUUCCCUCUAUUAGAAAAUGUUCAGCGUAUCUUUGUUUGGUAAUAGAGUCUACAUCCUGGUCAGUAAAGGAAUGUAAAACAAACAGUCAAGGUAAAAAAUAAGCUGAUGGGGAGUUAAAUAUUAAAGUCAAUUUAUUUUUCUUUACCUCUACAGGGAAGAAAUUUGCUGAACUCCAUCCAAAGAAAGAUGAGAAGAAGGAUAAGAAAGCCAAAUCACCCAAAGAGGAGAAGCCAAAACAAGAUCAGCCCAAGAAAGAAAAGAAGGAAAAACCUAAAAAAGAAGAGGAUGAUGAGGUGGAUGACGUACCAAAGGAACCAAAAUCUAAGGAUCCAUAUGCUGGCCUACCAAAGAGGUUAGGAGAAUUCUACCUUCCAAACCUACAGGCAGGGUGUUCAUUAACUUCUGAAGUAGAAGGGCACUGCCGUGUGAAUAGGCAGGUACCCUGUAAAAUUAAGGGCCAAAGGCCCGAACCUCUGGGGGGUAGGGGGGCAUGUUCCCCUGGGAAAUUUUUAGAACGCAAGUCCCCCAGAAGUGUAUUUUCCUGCAAUCUGGAAAAGGAAUCUUGCUAUGAUGCAUACUUAUUCUAAUUAUAGUAAAAAAGAAUGAUACUCUGGGAGAGUUUGUUUAUUUCAUUGUACAGCUAUAGUUACAUCAAAACACUGCUGUUGUUCUCAGAGCCUCCUUUUUCCUUACAGUAACAAGCUGACUUAAACUUGUCAACUGAUAAAGAGUGUAACUGGCAAAUUUUCAGUGUCAGUCCAGGCUGAAGGGGAUUUUCACGUUUGAGAUUUUUUAUAGGUUUUUGAAUGCAUUUCUUGGCUUAAUCUUGAAAGAAAAUUAAAUUGGAAAAAAGUUUCAUUUACGUUUCUUUCACUUGCUUGGAAUAUAUAAACUUUGAAAGCCAACAAAAUGUUGGCUUAUUGAGACGCAGUACAAGCUAACUACUGUUACAAGCUAACUUAAACUUAUAAACUGAUAAAGAGUGAAACUGACAAAUUUCAGUGUCAGUACAGGCCAAAAUGAAUUUUCACGUUUGAAAUUUCUGAUAUGUUUUUGAAUGCAUUUCUUGGCUUAAUCUUGAAUGAAAAUUAAAUUUGAACAAAGUUUCUUUCAAGUCUCUUUCACUUGCAUGGAAUAUUUUUAAAAGCUUUGAAAGCCAACAAAACGUUGGCUUAUUGAGACGCACGUGUUAACUUAUGAGCAUCUAUUACGGCAACAUUCUUCUCUUGUAGUUUAUUUUAUGUCCUGAAUUAUAUUUCAGAAAAAUACAAAGUGUUUUAUGAACAGUUUAAAUAAUGGAAUGCACAGAAAAGAUAUUUGAUUUUUUCAAAAAAAUCAUUUCACCAGCAGUAAUCCAAUUAAAACUGGAAAACAUAAAGUUAAUUUUCAUUGCACUUGACCUUUCAUAUGCAAAUGAUGCUUGCGUGUUUCACCCCAAGGAAUGUGUAAACAAUAUAAGUGUAAACAUGCUUAAAACUAACUUUUUGAUUUCUUGCAUGCAAAUGACAAAAAAGAUCAGAAUUGAAGUCAUCUUCCCACAUUAGUUGUUUGAGUAAAGCGAAAAUUAAUCGCUUGAAAGAAUCUUGGAGAGCAAGAUUCAACGAUAAACACUCAAAGACACAAAUGGCUCCUUUAGGAGCCACCACUCAAUGAAAAAGUCAAUGAACUUGGCAUCUUAAGAAGUUUUAUGAAUAUUAAUUAAGUCUUUGAGAACUCCAAACACAGAUGUAUCCAUGGAUAAGCCGCACCCUUGUUUUUUGGCUUCAAUUUUGAGAAAAAAAGUGCGGCUUAUUCAUGGACGUUUACAGUAGUUAAUCAAGCACUUCAGGAAGAACACGAUUGUUGCACAGUGCCUUCUCGUCAAAGUAAAUUUAAUUUCCAUGAUCUGAUGGCAAGUUAUUGGUAAAUUCGUGCUGAAAAAUGGUUUUAAACUUACAGGGAAGAGUUAAUGUUUAGUGAGGUUGAUAAUUUUUUUCUUGACGAUUUUUUUUUCAAAAAUUUCAUACUUUGAGUAGCCGGGUACUCUGUUUAAAGAAGACGGGUGCUGGUACCCGGGACCCGGCUCCUAUUAAAAACCCUGUGUUACAGGGUGUAGGAUCCAAGAGUAAAUUCUGCAAAUUGAGGACUGUACUUUCCUUUAUGGGCUGUUCCUGAGAAUUGUUUGCCACAUCAUGAUGAUUUGUCUUAUGGUGAAUGAAAAGUUCAAAACUCCUUGGAGUCCAAAUUAUACAAUGGGAGAAUGUAUGCAACAAAAAUUUCCAGCAAACAUUUGCAAAAAUACAAAUAUGAUGGAGAUGAGGCAACAUAUCACAUUUAUUUGUAUGCAAUGAUCACCUCUGAUACUCACAAUUAAUUGUUGCCUUUUGUGUUUUUCCUCAGCUCAUUUGACAUGGAUGCUUUUAAACGUGUGUACUCCAACAAAGACACUGUUACUGAAGCCAUCCCAUACUUUUGGGAACAUUUUAACAAGGAAGACUUUUCCAUUUGGUUGGCAGAGUACAUGUAUGAUGAUGAACUGAAGAGAGUCUUUAUGUCCUGUAACUUGGUCAGUGGAAUGUUUCAGCGCAUAGAGAAACUUCGCAAGACAGCAUUUGCCAGUGUAAUUAUAUUUGGAGAGGAUGGAAAUAUCUCUAUUUCAGGCAUUUGGAUCUGCCGCACGCAAAAGCUUGCCUUUGAUGUAGGUUUUAAAAUUUCUUUCCACUUUAUUUGUUGUGUUUUGUUUUUUAGAACAGUUUGUAUAAAUCCUGCCUGCUGUUUAACAUUGAUGCCUGACUACCCUCCCAGAGCUUGUAUUAAAAUGCACAGGAGGUCAGAAUUUUGAAUGGCUAGGCUUGUGAAAUACUUGCUAAUGGACUUCACUGAUAAGCAGGGACUGCCCUCCGUAUAAAUUGGCCUUGCAAACAGAGAGUGAAAAGCAAUUUCAGGAAUUUUCAUUGCUUGAUAUUUGUUUAAUUUUGUUUUAUAUGAACUGAAAAAAAUUGUUAUUCAUAGGCUGCAUUGCAUCCAAGUGAAAAGCCCCAAUGAUUAUUUGUAUUAUAGAGUAGUGGACUGAACAAUUGUGUGGAAAUCUAUUUAAUACUUGUAUGAGGGGCACCAUGUAGGGAAACUUGUAGUAAGGUAAUUGCUCUUAGUUGUAUUCCACAACUGUCUGUACCAUAGUUUCCCAUAAAAUGUUUGACCCUUCCUCCUUCCAUUUACCAAAAUUUAAUGUUUUUCUUUUGUAGCUGAAUGAUGACUGGGCAGUUGACUCUCCAUCAUACAAGUUUACCAAAUUGGAUGCAGAUAAUCCAGAACACAAGAAGCUUGUUAAUGAGUACAUGGCAUGGGAAGGAGAUUUUGGCGGAAAGAAGGUCAACCAGGGAAAGAUCUUUAAAUAG